AUGUUGGUACAAAUAUUGGCCUCGACAGCUGGUGAUGUAGAGACCUCCAGACAUGCAACAAACCUGAAAGCAUCAAAGAUGGGCCCACCAAUAAACAUGUGGCCGUGCAGCCACCCGAAACUGCACACGAGCGAAGAUAAACGGCUGAUCUUCACUCUAGUUGAGAACGUGCGAAAUAUUAGCUUCAAUUGUACUGUAGUUUUAGUGUUAGUUCAAUUGUUCUUUAGUCUAAGUUACGUCACUGCUGGACCGGUGAUUUUGAGCUUGGAUUAUUUACAAGGUCCAGUACCCCUAGCUAGAAAUAUAAGACACUUACCCUGCGUCUCAAGAAGAACUGGAGAAGAGGGCCUGUGCAUGUUCGCCAUAGACUGCCUCAAAUCCAACGGAUCUCAUUUAGGGACAUGCAUCGACCGGUUUUACUUUGGUUCCUGUUGCCAGAUACCGGACAAAACCAUCCUACCUAACAUAAUCAACAACAUAGACGAUAAUACAAUAGACACAUCCAAUUUCGUGCACCCACAAGAAGAUAAAUUGCACAGCAUUAAUAAACUACCUAAUUUGUAUAAAAAGCCAGUGACAACGACUAAAAAACCUGUUGAAGUCACCGAAAUAACGACAGAUAAAGCACAGCAUAGAACGGACCCCGAUGACAAGAUCAAAUUAACAACACUAGAUAACACCAUAGAAGAUAAAACGACAAAUGCUGUAUCCAAUAUACAAGAUACCACAGAAGCAAUUAAAACAACGCAGAAAGCCCCGGGCACAGAAUCACCUAUAAAAUUGUCGACUUUCCAAAGCGUUUUCAGUGAUCUAAGCAAUAUUAAUCCAGAAACAACGCCUAAGCCGGUAAAAAUUGAAACAACAGAAGCAACAACUACAACAGAAAGACCAAAACCAUCCCGCAAACCCAUAAGACCAACGUACAAGCCACGACCAACUUACCGACCUACGAAUUUCACACGGCCGCCCUAUACAGGCACAGGCAAGCCCAGACCAACGAAACCCUUAACAAUCGUUAAUACAACGCGAAAACCACCGUUUAGAAUACCACCAAAAAGACCACCAACUAAAAAGCCUAUACCAAUACCGCCAAGACUAAACAUCACUAUCAUACCUCAGUCUACAAGCUCUCGACCGGCUUUCACAAGGCCAUCCGUUCCUAUUAUAACGUACAUUAACACAACUGUAUCUAAAGCUGAAGAAAGAACAACACCCACGACUAUCUCAACAACACUGAGCACGACAACAACUGAACCGACAACGACAUCAACAACACCACGUACGACUACCACAACUUCAACUACAACCAUAACAACUACUACUACUACGACAACAACAACAACACCAUCACCGACAACGAUAGAAGAGGAAGAAACAGAAAUGACCGAGACUGAUAUUCCUGUUGUAACAGAACCUGCUACAACGACAGAGGUUAAGUUUACUGAACAGACAACAGAAGCUGUUAAGCAGACGGAUAGAGUGACAGAAAAGGUUUCAGAAAGACCAACAACAGUUGUGGAAACAACAGAAUUUAAAGAAACAACGGUACAGGAGGUAACAGAAAAGGAGACGGAGCGACCAACAGAAGCGGAAAUACCUACGACUACAGAAUUCCCGCCGUUCGUGACGUGGUCUUCGAAUGUCGACACAGCAACGAAGACACCGGAAAAACCAACGACACAAGCUGAUGACGUAUGGUCACCAAUAACACCACCUGAAGGUUGGCUGCUCCUAACUGUACCGCCGACAUCAUCAUCAACAGCAUCUACAACAGACGCAACAACAUCUGAACCUGUAAUAACUGAAUCUUCCCCAACAGUUCUUACCUCGCAAUCAAGUCAAGCUCCAACAACAGCACAAGUUGAAACAACAACAAUAGCUCAAUCAUCAACAAUAUUAUCGUCAUCGACAUCCUCAACAACAGUUUCUGAACAGAUGGAGUUCACAGUAAAUGUUACUCUGUCACCUACUCCAAUAACAACAACGGAAAAACUUUCAACUGGCAACAUUACAUCUGAGACGCCCCUAACUGAAGGACAAACAAACGAAAACAAAACAGAAUCGACAACAGUCAUUGCUACCACAACGGAAGGGUACAACAUGUCGAAUUAUAAAGAAGUGUGUGGUCGGCGUAUUUGGCCGCAGGCGCGUAUAGUCGGCGGCGCCAAGUCCAGCUUCGGCCAAUGGCCGUGGCAGAUAUCGCUAAGGCAGUACAGGACCUCCACGUACCUCCACAAGUGCGGUGCGGCACUCCUCAACGAAAAUUGGGCUAUUACCGCCGCGCAUUGUGUCGAACACGUUCCGCCUUCAGAGCUGCUCGUACGUCUCGGAGAACACGACUUGGCCAAUGAGGAUGAGCCAUACGGCUUCGCAGAACGUCGUGUGCAGAUCAUCGCCAGCCAUCCACACUUCGAUCCGGCUACCUUUGAAUACGAUUUAGCUUUGCUCAGGUUCUACGAGCCAGUUACGUUCCAGCCGAACAUCUUACCAGUCUGUGUCCCCGACAACGAUGACGAUUAUGUUGGUAAAACUGCGCACGUCACUGGUUGGGGGCGUUUAUAUGAUGAGGGUCCACUGCCCAGUGUUCUACAAGAAGUAGAAGUCCCGAUCAUCAACAACACAGCGUGCGAAGCCAUGUACCAAGCGGCUGGGUACAACGAACACAUUCCGAACAUAUUUAUAUGUGCCGGGUGGAAAAAGGGAGGCGCUGAUAGUUGCGAAGGUGACAGCGGUGGUCCAAUGGUAAUCCAGCGGGAUAAGGACAACCGUUUUGUCCUGGGCGGCAUAAUUUCCUGGGGUAUUGGUUGCGCGGAACCAAACCAGCCAGGAGUCUACACGCGCAUCUCUGAAUUCAGAGACUGGAUAAAUCAAAUUCUACAAUUCUAG